UUUGUUCAUGGUUACGAGGUUUCGGUUAGCAACGACGGAAUGAACUUUGGAACACUCUAGAUGUUUAUGUUUUUGACUCAACUUGUCAAUUGUAUAUCAACGGGUCUAUGGGGAUGACCUUUGACUUGAAGGACGGCUACUGUCAUAUUGAAGGUAAAUGUGUACAAAAUGGGACUCUUAGUUUAAAACAGACUCUAAUAUGUGACACAAGAGCGGCAAGGUUUAGAUGGACAAUGGUACCAACAACUACGCAGGCACCUGUUACAGCAAAUAAGGCAAUGGCCGUUUCUGGCGAUACGGACCUGGUAGUUGUUAUUUUGUCAACAGUCGGAGCUGUCUUGGUCAUUAUUAUAUUCGUACUUGUGCUCGUCAUAUGUUGUAAAAGAAAGAAAGACAAAAACAGAUCUGAAAAUCUCCGACACACAAAUGUACAAAAUGAAUACAGCGAUGUGAAUAGUUUGGAAAUGGUUCACAUUCCUCGAGCUAAGCACUAUUUGGACGGCAAAAUAGCCCAUGAUAAUCCAACAUUCCAGUAUGAGUCCAUAUAUUCCGAAAUGGCAGAUACGACACUCGAUUCUAGCUUGCAGUCUGUCUACAAAGAAGGGUCGUAUUGUGAAUCUAAGGAUGGCUAUGUUUAUUAUUUUGGAAAGAAGUAUUGAGAAAAGGAGACAUUACAAUAACACUUUUGUAUUUUUGUAUGUUUAUCUAGAUUCUGUUUUAUAUUUAUGAUUUGAUUUUACAGACAAUUUGUGUUAAUAUGUUUUAAAACUCUUACAUUGUGCUUUUUCAUUUUUGUCGGGUUGGGCGGCCUCUGGUUUUCUGCACUUACUAUGUCAUAAAAUUAUUAUAAUAGCCAUUUAAAAUUUCUUAAUCAUAUAGAAAAUAGUUAACAUAUCCUGUUUUUUUUU